AUGUCCUGGAGCUGUCAGCGCUGUCGGCAGCCGUUGCUGCUCGAUUCAUCUGUCUCCUCCGAUCUGGACCUCAACCAGUCAGCCUACGAUUUGGUCCAGGACUCUUUCAUCGCUCCACGUCCUGUGUCCAAAGUUCCAUCGUCGACGUCCAAAACACCUGCCAUCUCCUAUGACAAGCCAGGUAGUGCUGCCUCGACUUCCACCUCUGCCGCUAGUGGACAAGGCUCAAGCGAUGCCAACUCUCUCAGCACGCGUCUGGCCGCGUCGUCGGCGCUGUUCGAUUUGCUGUCGCAUCCGCCACCGCCCAAAAGUGGGAGGAUUUCGCCCACCACAUCUCGAAGAUCCAGAGCGUCGCUCCAGCUACGCAACGCCAGCUCGUCAUCGACAGUGAUCGACCAUCCGCUGUGCAAAGCAUGCACGGAUACGCUGCUGGACAUCAUGGAUUCUCAAAUGUCGCAGGUGCGCUCGCAACGUGAUUCGUAUCUUGCCUUUGAAGCAGAGUUGCGAAAGUACAAGGUACUGCCACCAUCAUCCAAAUCGAAUCUUCAACGCCGAGCUUUACCACCAUUAUCCUCGGAAGCCAGUGCGGAAACAGACACUCCGGACACAGCUGCAUUACGGCAGCAGCAACGCGACGAAUGCGAGGCGCUGCGAUCCGAAAUUUCGCAGCUGCUAUCGGACGAAUCUACCGCCCUGGCCGAACUCAAAGACGCCGAAGAUGCACGCUUGGGCGUGGAAGCGCAACUCGCCGCAAUUGCCGAAGAAGAAGUGGCACUACAGCAAGAAGAAGAGCGAUUCUGGGCGCAAUACUCUCUGCACUCCCUGACGCUUUUAAAACUGGAAGAAGAAAAAGCGUCUCUCGCUAUGGCUGUAGCGCACGAUAAAGAGCUGCUGGCGCGGCUGCAGGCGACGAAUGUCUACACGGAUGCGUUUUGCAUCGGUCACUCGGGCGGCAUUGCUACAAUCAACGGUCUGCGGCUGGGCAGAUUGCCCGGCCAGCCGGUGGAGUGGAACGAGAUCAAUGCUGCAUGGGGCCAAACCACGUUGUUGUUGGAUGUGCUCUCGCGCAAACUCAACAUCGCUUUUCGCGGCUACCGCCUGAUACCGAAGGGUUCGUUCAGCGUCGUGUAUCGGUACGAAGAUGUGCGGUCGCAGCACCAUUCCUCUGCGUCGUCUGGGUCUGCGUUUCUUGCGCCUACUGCGGAAGCGGCGGAAGCGGAUGGGGAGGAGAGGGGAGAAAAGACUGUGUAUGAGUUGUACGGGUCGUCCGAUUGGCAGAUCGGCCGGCUUCUGCAGAGUCGAAGGUUUGACCAUGCACAGACAGGGUUCUUGGCGUGUCUCAAGCAGGUGGUCGAGUAUGCGGCCAGAGAAGAUGACGGGUUUCAGGCACCUCAUGCGAUCAACAAGGACAAGAUUGGCGAGGCAAGUAUCCGGUUGCAGUUUGGAAGCGACGAGACGUGGACAAGGGCGCUAAGGCAUGUGCUGGUGACAUGCAAUCGUGUGCUCAUGUGGAUGGUUGAGCGAGAAAGGAGGCGUGAGGAUGGAAGCGUGGCGGCGAAUGGGAAGGACAUCAAGGCUGGAGGUCAGGAAGUCACUGCGUAA